AUAUUAGCCGCCGCCCCCAAAGCGAACCACGUUAGCUCUUACCUCAUUUUCGCUAACACUUUUUGUUCUCUCUCUCUGCGAAACAUCCAACGAAGACUCUUGACUCUUUUCCCAAACCCCUUUGUAAUUAAAGAGGCGGUUCAAUCUUCUUGAAAUUUGCUUCUUUUUCUUCUUGAGAUUUGCAAGAAACCUUUUAUUCAUCAUCAGGUUUUAUCAAACGAAAUGUCAGGAUCACAGAGCAGUUUAAGAAGGUAUCUUGGAGCUAUCAAAGACACAACAACAGUUUCAUUAGCAAAAGUCAAUAGCGGUUACAAGGAAUUGGAUAUUGCUAUUGUGAAGGCUACUAAUCAUGUGGAGCGUCCUUCAAAAGAAAGAUACAUCAGAGCUAUUUUUAUGGCUAUUUCUGCAACAAGGCCUCGUGCAGAUGUUGCAUAUUGCAUCCAUGCUCUUGCUAGGCGCUUAUCAAAAACACAUAACUGGGCGGUAUUGCUUUUGUUCUCUGCUGUUGUUUUUGUAAAGUCACAUUCUGCUUUAAAACUUUUGCUGAUGAUUUUUUUUUUUUUUUCAUUCAAGGUUGCGCUGAAAACUCUUAUUGUUAUUCACCGUGCCUUGAGGGAAGUGGACCAGACCUUUCAUGAGGAAGUUAUUAAUUAUAGCAGAAGCAGGACUCAUAUGCUUAACAUGUCUCAUUUUAAAGAUGAUUCAAGUCCCAAUGCAUGGGUUUACUCUGCUUGGGUCCGUUUCUAUGCACUAUUCUUAGAGGAGCGACUAGAGUGUUUCCGUGUCCUCAAGUACGAUGUUGAGAUUGACCCACCAAGAACCAAAGAGUUGGACACUCCUGAUUUGCUCGAACAACUUCCAGCACUACAAGAACUUCUUUUCCGUGUUCUUGAUUGUCAGCCUGAAGGGGCAGCAGUUCAAAACCAUAUUAUACAAUUGGCACUCUCAAUGGUUGUAACGGAGAGCACUAAAAUCUACCAAGCACUGACUGAUGGAAUAGACAACUUGGUUGAUAAGUUCUUUGAGAUGCAACGGAACGAUGCUCUUAAGGCGUUGGAUAUGUACAGAAGGGCUGUAAAACAGGUAGAGAGGCUUUCUGAAUUUUACGAAGUUUGCAAAAGUGUUUAUGUUGGACGUGGAGAUAGGUUUGUUAAGAUUGAGCAGCCUCCCACUUCUUUUCUACAAGCAAUGGAAGAGUAUGUGAAAGAAGCACCAUUAGCAGCAGGUGCCAAGAAGGAGCAGGUAAUGGAGAAGCUUGCAGCUCCCAAAGAAAUCUUAGCCAUAGAGUACGAAAAGCCACCAAAAGAAGUUGAAGAGAAACCAGAAUCACCUGAGCCUCCGGUUAAAGCAGAAGCAGAAGCAGAGAAGCCUGUCCCUGUUGAGAAACAACCUGAUUUGCUGUCUAUGGAUGAUCCAGCUCCAGUGGUCUCUCAACUUGAAGAGAAGAAUGCUUUGGCUUUGGCUAUUGUCCCUGUUAGCGUUGAGCAACCAGUUUCUACAACUGAUUUCACAAAUGGGAAUUCUUCUGGGUGGGAAUUGGCACUUGUGACUGCCCCAAGCUCAAAUGAAGUUGCUGCUGCUAAUAGCAAAUUGGCGGGUGGAUUGGACAAGCUGACACUUGACAGCCUAUACGAGGAUGCAAUCAGAGUGAGUCAACAGCAAAACAGAAGCCACAAUCCAUGGGAGCAACAGCAUCAUCCAGUCCAAAACGGCCCCAUGAUGCACCAGCCUUUCUUUGCGUCUAAUGGAGUCUCAGCUCCUCCUCCUUUUCAAAUGGCAAAUCAAUAUCAUCAGCCGUAUGGUGGGUUUCAGCAUCAGAACUCAGGGAUGAUGAUGGGACCUGUGCAGCCUUAUCAGCAGCAGCAGCAACAGCAACAACAACAGAACAUGAAUCCCUUCGGAAACCCGUUUGUCGCGAAUGGUAAUCCACACCAACCGUAUGGCUCGGUUCAAGGAGGUUACAAUCCAUAUUCUAGCCUUAUGUGAGAUUUGAUACUAAUGUAUGUUUGUGUACAAUCUUAUAUAUACAAGUAUAUGUUGUGAGGUGAUUGUAGCUAGAGAGAUUCUUUUUUAUUGUUGUUGUUGUUGAGUAAAUACAUACAUUACGUCUCUGUAUGUGUGUGUGGAUGUAUCUGUAAGCGAGAUAAUAUAUGAUUCUUGAGGACA